CCUGCCUUCCCACCAGGUGCUCAAUCACUGUUUCAAGCCGCUAUUAAUAUUCCAUUCACUGCAAUUAUUAUGUAUCUAUUCACAUGCUGUUAAUGCUGGGUGUGCAGUGGCCAGACAAUCCCUGGCUUCUGAUCCAGAUAAAACACAGGGAGCAGGGUGCAGGAGCUGGAGCUGCUGGUGGGAUUUGGGAGGUGGGCAUCAGGAGGGCCUGGUGCGAUAGCGUGGAUGUUGCCUUCCGUUGGGUGGUGGGUUGGUUUGAUGACAUGGAUGUUGCCUUCUGUUGGGUGGUGGGUUGGUUUGAUGACAUGGAUGUUGCCUUCUGUUGAGUGGUGGGUUGGUUUGAUGAUGUGGAUGUUGUCAUCUGUUGAGUGGUGGGUUGGUUUGAUGAUGUGGAUGUUGUCAUCUUUUGAGUGGUGGGUUGGUUUGAUGACGUGGAUGUUGCCUUCUGUUGGGUGAUGUGACCAUCAAAGCUUCAACUGAAUGGUUCCUCUGAAGCGUUUGCAUCAGUGGUGCAAGGUGUUUGCACUGAUGUUGCAAAAGGGUGGUCGAGGGGUUUUUUGACUGUAAGGUGUGUAAUUUAGGACAUGGAGGCUAGAAGUAGAUGAUCUUGAAGGUCCCUUCCAAUUCAAGCCUUUCUGUGAUUCUGUAAUUCCAUGAUUCUGUGUGAUCAGGAUUAGGAGGGGCAACACAGUCCAGGGGGACAGAGUGGUAUGGUGGAUUUUGGCCAGUGCAGGAGGGCACUUGGGGAUAUGGUCUAGUGGACAUGGGUUGAUGGGUUAGACUUUGAUGAUCACUGAGGUCUUUUCCAUCCUUAAUGGUACCACGAUUCCUGUGUCCCAUAGGUCUGUUGAAGAUGCACUGGUCACCAGAGCAUGCCCAGUCCCUGAACCAGUGGCCAGAGCAGCACCUCGACGUCUCCUCCACCACCUCCUCGCCAGCCCACAAGUCCGACCUCUACCCCAGCACCCGCCAGCGCUUCAACUACGCCUGGGCCAACGACGACAUCUCAGCGCUCACCGCCUCCAACCUCCUCAAGAGGUACGCCGAGAAGUACUCGGGGGUCCUGGAUGCGCCCUACGAGCGCCCGGCGCUGAGCGGCUACGGGGAUGGCGCCUUCGGGCCCGUUAAUGGGCAGAAAGGGGAUGGUGAGCCCUGGCCCGUGCCUCACGGCUCCGACGGUGCCUACCCACUGACGCCCAUCCACGAUGGCCUCCCCGGUGCCAAGGCCGUGGUGCCACCCCCUGUGCCGGCCAGUAGCGCUCCGCUGGGGCUCGCUGGCUCCCCGGUGGUGUCGGCCAACCUCGCCGAUCCCAUCUACGCUGGGAAUUCAUGUGGAGGAGCGGCCGGCUCAGGCGGGCUGGGCUCAUCUCAGGAGUACCCCACAGGCUAUGGCGGCACCUACUUGCCCUCUGGCUACUGCGCCCAGCCCAGCACAGCACUUGCCCCUCCACACCCACCCGCCCUGCACAGCUCGGGGCUCCUGCAGCCCACACACCCCUCAUCCGCCCUGGUGCCAGGCUAUGGUUCCUCCGGCCCCGUCUACAACUAUGCCUCGGGCAGCUACGCCACGCAGCCAGGCUACGGGGCCAUCCACCCGCCCCAUCCCCCCACCUCCUACCUGCCCUCAGGCAUCGCAGCGCCCACCCCACUGCCGGCCCCUGGGCCCACCACUCGCCCAUCUGUGGUGCCAGCCUAUGGCUACCAAGCUGCUGGGUUGGCUUCGUUGGCUGUGCCACCCUUGGGCACCGAGGCGACGGGCACCUUGAAGAGGAAGGCUUUCGAUAUCUCCGGUGGGGAGGAUGAAGCAGAGGGCAGGUAUCGGAAAUACAGCUACGAGCAGCCAAAGUCCCCCUACCCCAUGUCGGACAACGGUGAGUGCCGAGGCAACGGCUUUCCCAGCGCUGGCAAGCGGCCGGCGGGCAGUGCCGAGGAGCACAGCGGUAAGUAUGGCGGGCAGGCGAUGAAGAGUGUGGUCUCACCACCCUACGGAGCUGGGGAGGCCCCACUGCGACCCACGGAGCCCUUUGAGAAGUUCAGCCCUCCCCUUGCCAACGGGGAGCGGGCGGCCGAGCCGGGACACCCCUUCCCAUUGAGGCUGCCACCCAAAGCGCCCGUCUUCAGCAGCCAACCAGUGGAGGAGCAACCCAAAAACGUUGACCCACUGAUGUUGGAGUUGGUGAACACCAAGAUCGUGGAGCGCGGGCCGCCUGUGCAGUGGACGGACAUUGCUGGGCAGGUCUCCAUCAAAGCAGCCAUUGAGGAGGAGCUGGUGUGGCCCAUCCUGCGGCCUGGUGCCUACACCGGGGCGAGCAGGCUGCCCCGAACCAUCCUUCUGUUCGGGCCGCGCGGCACCGGGAAGACCCUCCUGAGCCGCUGCAUCUCCACCCAGCUGGGCUCCACGCUGCUGAAGCUCAGUGCCACCGCCCUGCUCACCACCUGGAAAGCCGAAGCUGAGAAGAUCCUCCAGACCGUCUUUUUCGUGGCCAAGUGCCGGCAGCCCUCGGUGGUGCUCAUCAUGGAGGUGGAGUCCUUGCUGGUGGCCCAGGAUGGCGGCCAGGCUGGAAACCUCAAGUCGCAGCUCCUCUCCUAUCUGGACAACGUUGCUACCUCGGCCGAGCAGAACGUGGUCAUCAUAGGGACCACCUCGCGGCCCGGCAGCAUGGACGAAGCUUCCCACCGGCGCUUUGCCAAGCGCUUCUACAUCUCCCCACCGGACAGCAUCGCCCGGCGGCAGAUCCUCCACCACGCCUUGGCUCAGCAGAGCUCCUGCCUGAGCGAGCGGGAGAUGGCCUCCCUGGUACAGCACACCGAGAGCUUCUCGGGCAGCGAGCUGAUCCAGCUCUGCCAGCAUGCCGGGGCCACCACGCUGCACAGCUUGCCGGGCCAGAUCCAACCCACCUCCUACAAGGACUUCGAGAAGGCCUUCUGCAAGGUCCGCCCCGCCGCCUCGCAGAAGGAGCUGGACUUGUUCGCCGAGUGGGAUAAGAUGUACGGGUCCAGGCACUGACCGGGAAGACCCGGCAACAACCAACUUACCUCUUUCUUAGGGUUUUCUGAUAGGACUGGGCUUUUUUGGUCCUUUGUUUUUCAGAAGCAGUCGCUCGUUGAACUCAGGAUAACCUAUUUAUUGUUCACCCGCCUCCCUUUGCAGCCGUUUCCAGACCAGUGAUCAUAGAACCAUGGAACCAUAGAAUCGUAGAACCACAGAGUAGGUUGAGUUGGAAGGGAACCUUAAGGGUCAUCCAGUGCAACUCCCAUGCAGUGAGCAUCCACAUCUCAAUCAUAGAACCAUAGAAUCGUUGAGUUGAAAGGGAACCUUAAGGAUCAUCCAGUGCAACUCCCAUGCAGUGAACAUCCAUAUCUUGAUCAUAGAACCAUGGAAUUGGUUGAGUUGAAAGAGAACCUUGAGGGUCAUCCAGUGCAACUCCCAUGCAGUGAGCAUCCACAUCUCAAUCACAGAACCAUAGAAUCAGUUGAGUUGGAAGAGGCCCUCAAGGGUCACACGUUCCAACUCCCGUGCAGUGGGCAUCCGCAGCUCGAUCACGUUGCUCAGAUGCAAUGUGCAGAGCCAAAAACACACUGCAAUUAAAGCUUUCUACAGAUCAAUGCACGAGCCCCUGUGCCUCUGCGCAGAGGGUUUCCUUCUUCUCACUUAUUCCCAACCAAAACAUUGACCACAGCGAUGGAGGAAGCGGCACAGGGAGAGGGAGGCGGGGGGAUCACAGAACCCAGGGCUUUGGAGUAAAAUGCUGUAGAUUGUUUAAUAUACUAGACUUGGUUUUUAUUUUUGUAAGGUAUGUAGUUAUUUUUUUGUUUGUUUGUUUUGUUUUGUUUUCUUUUUAACU